AUGAAGUUCGGGCUGGAGUAUGAUAGACACAUACUUCCCCAGUGGUCUGAGCAUUACAUUGACUACAAUGGGCUGAGAAUGCAGCUCAGGGCGAAGGUCCAGCGUCGGGAAAGCAUUGACGGCUUGACCAGGGAACUUGAGGUCGAGGCCGUUCGGUUUAGGCAGUUUCUUCUCAAAUUUUUCGACACACUUGACGUGAAAAGCGAUGCACUAGUCAAGCUGCAGAGCGAGGAAUCGCCCUCUGGUGCAGUGCCGGGCGGCACGGCGCCGACAUCGCCCAUUCCAUUUUCUCAGGCCAGGGCAAUAGUGGCGCUGACAGACGGCUUUCUCGCUAUCAAGAGGUUUAGCAACCUCAACAUGACUGCCAUACGGCGACUCCUUGACAAGUUUGCGGCGAGCGGCCAAGCAGCGGCCGACACCCUUUACCAACUAGAGUCUGAACUGGAAGCUUGCGCCGAGGCCAGGCGGAAGAUCAGCGAACGCUUGGCCUACAACCGUCACCAAUUGAAGAAAGUUAGGGCUCGGGGAUCUGAGCCAGAAGUACCCUCAUAUGAAGGAUCCAUGUUAGAGACAUUUUCUGACAGGGAGGAAGAGUUCCAUCCGCCCAGAAACGAAGUCGCGCGGUUUUUUGUGCAUCCGAGUUUCCACGUAUUUCAGAGUUGCUUGGCGGAUGCUCUCAAUAAACACCCUGAUAGUACCGGCAACCCGGACCAAGCCCAAUUUCUUGGCAGGCUUCUUCACUUGACGGCAAGUCACAACUGGCCUCGCCUGGACGAUGAGCCGUGCGACUCAGGCGACCGUCUCAAUCUUGUACUGGAGAAGGGCCCCGAUCUAAGCGUUUGCUCUGUUCGUGGUGAGACGGCCCUGUUUUGUGCUGCACAAGCCGGGUCAUUACCGAACGUGCAUGCCGUCGCUCGAUAUUAUCUGCAAUCCGGCGAGAGCCUAGACACAGCCGUGCCAAGAACAGGGUGGACACCGCUGAUGGUGGCAUGUAUCAAGGGAUACACAGAUAUAACGGAAUUUCUGCUAUCUGCUGGAGCUGAUGCACAGAAAGUCGACAUUUUGGGUUGGACUGCUAGAGAGCAUGCGGCCUACCGAGGUCAUCUCACCACUGCGGCUCUGGAGGGCUUCGUAAUGGCUGGUAAGCCUACCGGCGAGAUGGUGCAGAGAGUCAAUGCCCCCGUACAGAUUAUGCACAAUACCCUCAAUAGCCGGGAACAGGCCGUCGUUGUCACACUGGGUAGCGUUCAGGGCGGUCACAACCGAGCGACGCUGAAGCUGAAGCGAUACCUCACGGAAGAUGAAGACAGGGAUCUAGAUUCCAGAUGCCUGGAAAUCAUCAUUGAUGGUGCUGAUUGCAGCUCAAAAAUCGUGCAGCUGCCACUGUGGCAAGAUACAAGUAUAGAGCCUCUGGUGGGCAGACUUGGCUUGAAUAUGCCGGCGCGAGUUACGGUACGGCUCUGGGACAAAGACACUAUCCCAGCCCUGGGCGACAAAGCUACUCUUGGGAGACUUGAAAGCAGUGGCACCGUUGUACUGGGCGAAGACUCUGCCAAAUUUGGCAAAUCACGAGAGAGCAUGCUUCGAGAGACGAGCGUUGUCAUGCUCAACAAGGAGACCAUGGAGUUUUCUGGGACUGUGCUGCUUAGCUACGUCAUUGCAAACCCCUUCGAUGGCCUUAAGGAUAGCAAGGCGGCCAGCUAUAAGCGGCAGUCUGGCGAUCCAGUGCGAUUGGUCGGACACAGAGGUCUCGGCCAAAAUACGACUGACAAGUCUAAUCUACAAAUCGGAGAAAACACAGUCACGUCUUUUCUCUCCGCUUAUCGACUUGGUGCCCCAUUUGUAGAGUUUGAUGUGCAGUUAACACGCGACCAUGAAGCAGUCAUUUAUCACGACUUUUCCUUUAGCGGGACAGGAUCUGACGUGCCGAUUCACGACAUUUCGCUCGCCCAGUACAAGUACGCGGGCGACAUCCAAAACCCCAUCGGCGCCUUGCUGCUUGAUGAAACAACAGGUAACGCCCAGAGACGGCCGCGCGCCUCGUCGAGCGGCGAGCACUCUGUUUUGAAAGCGAGGCAGGCGCAGGAACGGAUGCGAUACACGGUCGACUACGACGGCAAGGGAUUCAAGGCCAAUAUCCGGGGCCACUCCAUCCAGGAUGAGCAUGCUACUCUGGAAGAGCUUCUCGCAACUCUUCCGGAAGAGAUCGGUUUCAACAUUGAAAUGAAAUAUCAGCGACUUCAUGAGGCCGUUGAAGCGGGCGUGGCUUCCGUCACCAUCGACAUCAACACCUUUGUCGACGUAGCCCUCGAAAAGAUUAAAAAGCUUGCCGGUCGUCGACCAAUCAUUCUCUCGUCGUUUACGCCCGAGGUCUGCAUCCUUCUCAAGCUCAAGCAGAGCGCCUAUCCUGUCCUGCUCAUCACGAAUGCCGGCAAGCUUCCCAUGUUUGACAAGGAGCUGCGGGCCGCCAGUCUGCAGAUGGGAAUACAGUUCGCAAAGCGCUGGCAGCUGUCAGGCUUGGUGCUUGCGUGCGACACGUUUCUGCUGUGCCCGCGGCUGAUUUCAUUUGUGAGGAAUGCGGGCCUGGUGUGCGCCUCGUAUGGGCUAGGCAAUAACGAUCCAGAGAAUGCAAAGAUACAAGCGGAUGCUGGCAUUGAUAUUCUGAUUGUGGACAAGGUAAAGCUCAUUGCGGAGGCAUUAAGCAAACAUCAGUCAGCGGAGGCAUGA